CGUCUGCUCAUUCAAACCAUCAGGGAAGUCCAGAGGAGCACUGUAAACACCUGUUCACGGCACGCUGUUGGGAAGUGCCUGUGUCCUCAUUACAGCCCUGGUGGGAUCUCAUUCAACUGCUCUGCUUCUGGGCUAUGAAACAUCAGAGUUCAAACAACACAAUGAGCAUAAUGUCCAGCAGCCCCCUGGAGAGCCACCUGCCCCCCUCCUGGGACCCCUCCAACCUCUACCCCGACAUCCACACAGUAAUAUUUGGAUACUCUGGUCAGCUGUUGCCACAUGAAUCCCAGCCUCAGUUCUGGAGUAAGUUCCAGGUGUGGGACUGGCUGCAGCAGAUCAUGGACGUGCACCAGAUCGACGCCUCCUCCUUCCCCCUGCAGAACUUUGACAUGGACGGUCAUCAGCUCUGCAGCCUCAGCUACCAGGAUUUCCUCUUAGCAGCCGGCAGCGUGGGACCCAUCCUCUACCACAGCCUCUCAGCGCUCAGGUGGAACGGCCAAAAUCAAACGGACAUAGGAGCACUUGAUAUCAAACAAGAAGCUGACACAUACUCGUUUAUCAAUCCCAUCUAUCCCCCCGCAGAAACAUGUGAAACUUCUUUGCACCCCAUCCCACCUGUACCUUCCCACACGCCCACCAGCCCAGAACUUAAAAGAUGUAGUCGCCCCUGCCAAACCAAGAGGCAAAACCCAAGAGGCAUUCAUCUUUGGGAGUUCAUUCGGGACAUCCUCAUUCACCCGGAGCGUAACCCGGGCCUUAUAAAGUGGGAGGACCGCACGCAGGGGGUCUUCAGGUUCCUCAAGUCUGAAGCAGUAGCUCAGCUCUGGGGCAAAAAGAAGAACAACAGCAACAUGACUUAUGAGAAAUUAAGUCGGGCUAUGAGAUACUACUACAAAAGGGAAAUCCUGGAGCGAGUUGACGGACGACGUUUGGUUUACAAGUUUGGGCGUAACGCAAGAGGAUGGAGAGAAGUGGAAAAGUGACUGUUUCAGAGUGUAAUUUAUAUCGUGUUGUGUUUUUUAGAGUUUUAAGCUUGUUUUGAUAAUGCGUACUUUAAACUGUUUACACGCGUUUGCUUUAAUGUUACUCCUCUUUGAAUGUUAUUUGUGAUGUGACAUUGCACUGAAAAAUCCUCAUAAUGCACCCUGAAGAGUCUGUAAACCUGUUUACAAGAGACGCUUUUGUCAUUAUCAAAACAGUGUGUGUGUGUUUCUUUUAAGAUGCUUCCCAGAGGAGAGUGCAUUAGACUUGAAUGUACUCGCUGUAAAGUGUCUAUGCUGUGAAGUGUGCUGAUAACUGCCACACAUCAUCAUAUCCAAUGUAUUUAAUCCAAUCACAUGGCAACUGCUCUCUAUCAAUAUUUAAAGACUUGGAUGCAUGCCUUUCUAAGGAAUAUGCACCCAUUCUCUCUCUAACAGUUAACAAUCACACAGUUAAGUUGGUUGAAGUGUCUUGCCUAAGGAUAAAUAUCAACUUGCCAAAUCUGAAACUGAACCACCAACCUCUUAUCUGAGUGAAUAGACAAAGAAUUGGAAGUUUUGUGAUACUUUUUACGACCACAAAACCUGCAAAACCCCCAAAUAUGACAAGUAAAACUUAUUUAAAUUGCAGAUCUCUUUGUUGUUGCGUGUUCUGACUGUAAAAUAGAAAUACCAAAUGUAAAUAGUUUUGAUGUGUGAAAUAAUAAAGUUUUUUGUAAAUAUC